GAGGUACGAGACCUGUAGAACCACCUGCAGCUCAUUCAUUUACGGCCAGUGAGGAGAGAGCGACUGCGCUGUGAAAGACUGCGGGUGGAUCAACUGAACCAACAAAGCCCAGUGGAGAAUCACAGCAACGCAGCCCCGCUGAAAACCCAGCACCCCAUUUUACUGUAGAAUGGCAUCAAGAAGAAUGGAGACCAAACCAGUGAUAACCUGCCUCAAAACGCUCCUCGUCGUCUAUUCCUUCGUGUUUUGGAUCACGGGGGCGAUCCUCUUGGCUGUGGGACUAUGGGGAAAGUUUAUGCUGGGUGCAUACAUAUCUAUCAUCGCUGACAGCUCCACCAACGCUCCUUAUGUUCUCAUCGGCACCGGAACAUGCAUCAUCGUGUUCGGACUGUUUGGAUGCUUCGCUACCUGCCGCGGGAGCCCAUGGAUGCUCAAGCUGUAUGCCAUGUUCCUGUCCCUGAUCUUCCUGGCAGAGCUUGUGGCUGGCAUCUCCGGCUUUGUCUUUCGUCAUGAGAUAAAGGGAACCUUCCAGAGGACCUUCAGUGAGGCAGUGAAGAACUACAAUUCCCAGGACGAGAGGAGCCUGGCUGUGGACAAUGUGCAGCGCAGUUUGAAAUGCUGUGGUGUGUUGAACUACACCAGCUGGUUGUCCAGUAUCUGGUUCCCUAACAACGGCAUCCCACCCAGCUGCUGUGCCAGCAUCUCUGACUGUAACGCUUCUGACCUGCACAAUGUCACCAUAGCCCCCAGCAAGGUCCACCAGCAGGGCUGUUAUGAGCUGGUGACUGACUUCAUUGAGACUAACAUGGGGAUCAUUGCUGGAGUGACAUUUGGAAUAGCUGUCUCACAAUCAAUUGGUAUGCUGUUGGCAUGCUGUCUGUCGCGGCUUAUCACUGCCAACCAAUAUGAGAUGGUGUAGCAGUGAGGUGCAGGGAGACCAGGAGGAGAGAGUACACGUCACCUUGGAAACUGGGGAGGAACACACCCAAACACUCCAUUCUUACUUUUCCACUCCUUAUCUUUCUUACUUUAUCGCUCUCUUUUUCUCUCUUUCAACACAUUCCUUAACAUGCCAUCAUGCCAUGACUAAAAAUGUUACCUUUCAAGACCUUAAUUCUUCUAAAAUUAAUGGUUGUCGAUUAGCACCUGCCUCAGCCAUAUGCUCUGAUCCAGGCAUGCCAUGCCUAAUUCAAACAACAUAGCUGCAACAUAGCUCCUCGUUCCACUGCUAUCUUCCCCAGUCUAAAUUUCCUGGAAAUACUUUGAGAGAUGCCAUCAGAAUUUCCAAUAUGAGGUCUUCGAAAGAAACUUGAGCCCACUCAGAAGGGACUGAGUUUCUCUGACUGACACACACGCACACACACAGCGUCUGCUUUUUGCUGCUACAUGGACUACAGUACACCUACAUUCUGCUUCUAAUGACUAUCACUCUAAAUGACCUUGUGCAAGUUGCUCUCUGGAGAUGUGUAUUUGUGAUGCGUUUAGAUCCUCUGUAUUCAGUCCUGUACUUGGUGAUCUCUGCCACUCCCUCCCCUGUGCCUUCUGUCUGUCAGUCAUAAUCAGUCAUAAUGUUGUUUUGUUGUUGUAAUAUUUCAUUUCAUUUUAAAAGUCUUAACUAGUCAUGUGUGUUUCUAUAACAGUAGUCUGAGACACAGCCAUUUUUUCUGGUUUAAACCCCAGUUUUGGUGUUCAAAUGUUUUUACACAUUCACCUUCUGCUUGAGAUCCCACUCUGACUAUCCUUGUCCAUUCUCCAGCACAUCCAGUUCUCUCUGUCUCUCUCCACCGCCACACCCCAGUACAUUCGGUUCCAACACCCUCCUCCCUGACUGACGCAUAUCGCUGCACAAACUAGAGUUUCAGCACUGCUUUCUGAUGAUGAGAGAAGACUAUUCUACUUUCUGUCUUUUGUUGUUGCCGUUUGCUUCUCACUAUAUGGGAUUGGUAGACAGAGAGAGAGCCAACUGUGCACAGACUGGUUGAAUCAACAUUGUCAUUUCAAUGAAAUGAUGUGGAAUAGACAAUGAAUUGAUGUCUGUGUCCAGUGAGAGAAAGAGAGAGAGAGUCAUUCUCAGUGGCAGGACGUGAGGUGUUCGAGCUCGAUUCGGUCUGUCAUUGCUCUGGCUUGUAACAAUCAAAUGAAAUACCACUUUUUAAAGAUUUGCCACUUUUGUGUAUUACUUAAAUGGAGAAUCAGUUAAAUGACAGCAACCUCUUAGGUGGUAAUGACUGUAGGAAUAAUAAGCUUUAGCGAGGGCCUGGGGGUAGAAUGGAGUGGGGCAGACCACCGAGGUCACUGACACUGUUACUGGUUUCAUUCAACUGUCAUGUGAGCACAGAAAGCUGGUUCCAAGAUUCUAUUUCUCUAAUUACUAGGAUUCUUUUAGGUUUUUGUUUUUGUUUUGGGGUUUUGACGCAUUCUGAAGUUGCUCUGUGUUUUCGCGGGAUCAGUAUAAAACCAAUGUACAUGGUCAAUUUAUCUCUCAAUCCAAAAUUGGACAGACGAAAUAAGACUUUGUAUAAAAAAAGAAAACGUUUUAAAAUGCAUCACCAGCUAGCAUGCCAACAAAUGUAUGUUGAUAUUGUGAACAAUUGUGAUCUUGAAUAUAUUAAUAAAAUGGUCAUUACAUCGUU